GUAUUCUGUAUUGUGUGUCAAACAGUAUUAGAGGAAGGAAAGAUUAUAAAAUGCUAAAUAAACUUUAUUCAGAAUUGUAAUCUAUUUGUACUGUUAUGUAGCUAUUAACAAAUAUUAAAGGUUUAGUGUGGAGUUUGUGUUAAUAUUUAAUCAAAUGAUGUGGAUGUGGACGAAAUUCGAUGUAAGUGAUUGUCUUCAUUGAAAAAUGACGCUUGGACAGUUGCAAUCUGUUGGAUUGUUUUUCACCUUAGUAAUACGGGGAGGCAGUCUUAAAAUGUGAUUUUAAAUCUCUUCGUGACCUAUAAAAUGGAACUCCACUCCGAUUUCGUGGAGCCAACGACGCCGGGGUUAUCCUUUAACAAUGCCAGUUUUUGGAAAACUGAAGACAGCGGGUACCAUACGUCGUAUACCCCGGGGUCGGUGGAUUGUUCCGAAAUAUCAAACGAGAAUCUUGAUCCUGCAGCUAUUCAAGGACAACUACGAAUUACUGGGCAAUUUCAAGUCAAUUACGAUAUAACACCAGAGUCAAACCUUCGUUUAGGUCGUAAAUACGUUCGCUCUAAAAAUGUAUUGGCAAACACACAAACUGAGAGCACUCCAAGCUCACCAAUCGUACGACGUGGUGUUAAACGAGCUUACCAAGAAGAAGGAGAAGAAAUUGUACAAAAUACUGUGCCAACUCCCACCAGCGUGAUUGCUGGUGGCAUACAAAAGUUACAUGUAACAGAGAGUUACAGAACUAGUCAACCUUAUGUCUUUUCAUCAUCAGGGCAUUCAAAAUGCCCUGACAAUCAGUUAACCAGUGAAUUUUACCAUCAUGAAUAUGCCCAAACUUUGUCAUAUCCUACAACUCCAGUGAAAAAAAUAUGCAGAACAAGUUGCAAACUAAGUCCAACAAAAAGAUCAAGUAAGAAACUUAAUUUUGCCAUUCAUUCUCUAUCUUGUGAGAGCCGUGGAGUUGUAAAACAUAGACCACAUAACAAAGUUGUAAGAAAUAUUCAGUUUCGGCCAGAUCAGAAGAUUGAUAUUAUAAAAAUGCUCUACCAGGAUGCCAGAGCAUUUCCACCUGUUUCAAAGAUUCUUAGUUAUUUGUCUAAUGAAGAUAUAUGCAGAUUUAAAUUGGUAAGUCCUGUAUGGUGCCAAGUCUGGAAUUAUGUAUCCAUAUCAAAGAAGCAAGAGUUCAAAACAUUCUUGAAAAAUGAAAAGGAUAAUCAGGAAAACAAGGAAAAGGGACUGAUUAGGAAAAAUAGUGAUGCUAAUCAAAACAGAUCACUAAAGGAGGUGCAUAAUGUCAUGAACACACACCUGGUGACCAGCUCUCCACGCAGCCCCCCUGUGUCUCCAAGAACCAAUAAAUUCAAGAAAUUCACUAAGUGUGCUCAACAAGAUGCACGUCUCCAGCUGUCAUGUGUGCGCUGUCACCAGCCCGCCAAAAUUACGGUGGAUGUUUCAGAAGAGUGGGCUGAAUGCACCAGUACCUCCUGUUCCUACCAGUUCUGCAAGUUCUGUAAGUUUGACCGCCAUCCAGGAAAGAGCUGCUUUAAGUAUGAUCUGAUUGAUGGCCCUAGUCCUUCUAAAAGAAAAAGAAACACAAAUGCAGCAUGUACUAGAAAAAGUAAGAAAAACCUGUACAGACUCAUGAUUUGAGAGUUGCAGAAAAAGCAGCUCUUACCAGUGUUAGUUAUUCUUGUUGCAUUCCAUUCCAUAUCCAAAGAUAAAGUAAUUUCACAAACAUAGUUUAAGUUGCUAGGCUAGUUUUAGUCAUGAUGUUGAGAUUAUUGUGACUGAUAUUUCCAGUGUCUGAUACAGUGCCAUGUUUUACUAAUUUUUACUAAAAAUAUUUCAUCAAGUAACAAUAGACAAACUCAAAUUUCAAAUUAAUAUGUGCGAGUUUACCCCAUAUUAUUAAAAAAAAAAAUUGAACAUAACGAAAGCUUUUGUUCCAUUUACUGUACAAAACCAAUAUUUCAUAUCACUCAUUGUUUGUUUUUAAGAUGAAGUAUGUGAAUUUUAGACUGAUUUUGCCAUGAAUAAUGUAAUAACUAAUAUCAGUAACAUUUAAGUUUUUUUUAGGUAGAAGUAGAAAUAGAUUUCUGUUGUUUUACAACAAGUCUCUCAUAAAAAAAGGACUUUAGUGGAGUGAAAUAUUUCUUUCAAAUGUGGUAGGCAAUGUCUAUAGUUAAUAUUAGUAACCCUUCUCAAAAUUAGGAACUGUACUUACCUACUUCUAACAAAAGUAAAUAGAUGCAUCUCACCCACCUAAACGCUAAACUACAGCUCAUUUUAAUAGAUGUGUUUUAUAAUAAUUGGCAUUUACAGUUUAUAACUAAGAAAUAUCAACUUAAAUUUAACAUUCCACUUUAUACCUACCAGUAAUAUUUAUUCCAUAUUUUACAUUCUGUUUGGUGUAGAGCUUGAAGUUUUAUAGUACAAGUUGCAGUGAAGCACAUUUUAAAUAUAUUUUGUUUUUGUAUACCUAUAUGCAUUUACGUAUUUGUAACACCUAUUAAUAUGCUGUUUUCUAUAGGACCAUAAAUUGGCACAAACUAGUACAAACCAAGAUAAUGACACUGUGAUAUUACCGGAUAUAAUUAAUUAUUAUGGGACCACAUAUUUGUACAGCAUUUCAUAUAAAAAUUUACUCACAAAUAUUAUUGAAAUUAUUGAAGUUUGUGUUGCAUACUCAUUAGAUGUUACAAUUUUAAGACUGUAUACACAUCACUGGUACAUAAUUUUAAUUUUUGAAACAUAAUUAUUCGAAUAUUUUAAGAAUUUUUAAUUCACGUUAGAUUAUAAUUUUAAGUAUUUAGUUAAAUAAGAAAAACAAAAAAAUGUUUUUCAUCAGUAAAAAUUGCUGUAGCAUUGAUUCAAUGCUAUUAUAAGGCAAUAAUUUGUAUAGUGUGAAAGCUACACACAGACACUUGCUUGACACUUGACAUGUUCUUUUAUGUACUGUCUUUGGAGAUUUAUAGACACAACAUUCAACUAUUAGGACAAAACAAUGCAUCCUUAGAACUCAAUUUAACAUGAACUUAUAGUUGCUUAUAUUAUGACUGUAACACCACUUGUGAAGUUCAAUCUCAUGUAGGUACUCCAAGACUAGUGCAAGAGAAGAAACAGUCAAUGAUACAAGAUUUUUAGUUUUAUCUACCAUGUGUUUGUUUUCAAUUUGACGUAAUUUUCUAUUAUUUAUUUGUAAAUAUCUUUGCUCCCUUUUAAUUGUAUUCUCUCAAAGGCCGGACCAAGUAAAUCCGAAUUUUUAAUUUCUCUAUAGGUUGACGCCUGUUUUAAUUCUAGUUAUAAUUCUGUAACAUCAAAGGUUGAUUGAUGACUUUUACCCCAUAUAAUAUAAAAAUUUCGUGUGAGGAUUCUAAGAUGUAAUUUCAUGAAAAUGUUAGCUGUGGAAAAUGUUAUCUGUAACAUUUUAUUAUUAUAUGGUGUAAAUAGUAUGUAACGCUUUAAAAGCUCUCUAUUUGAAAUGUUUUAAUGAUAAUAAAUAAUUCUUCUCGAU